AAAUAUAAAAUAAUCAAUAUUUACAAUAAACUAAACUGACUGGGCAACAUUAUUAUUGAUUGCUUUAUUUUAUAAGUAAAAUCAACGUAGUGAGGCCGCACCUAAUCAUGCCCAAUAUCACACUCAUGGAGAACGGAACGUUUUCACAAACGUCAACGGAACCGCCAAAACAUCAAAUUGUCAAAAUCAAAUCGAAAGUGAAUACGAAAGAGGUUGUUUACAAAAACUGUAAAAAGUAACUAAAAAUGGAAGAAAUACAAAACAAAGUGCCGUGCAGAGAGGAACAGUUGAACGACUUGUUUAAUUUACUUGGCGAAGGUGACGAAUGUUUACCUUGUUCUAUAUUUAUCAGCGGUAGUAUGGCUACAGGAAAAACUUUAUGCGUCAACUCAGUACUAUGGAAUUUAAAUUAUAAACAUGUUGUUAUUGACUGUAUCGAGUGUUAUACACCUAAAAUUAUGUACGAAGGUAUCCUGUCGGGGUUAGAAGAUGAGGAAAUCGAAGUUAAAUGUGAAACAUUGAUGGAUCUAACCAACAAUUUGAAUAGAUUACAAGAGGCCGCAAUUGGCAAUAAUCCGGUCGUAAUAGUGUUCGACAGAGCAGAGCGGCUACGUACUAUGGACCAUAACAUAAUGAGCGCGUUCUUAAGAUUACGAGAGCUGUGUAAUCUUAAUGUAUGCACAAUAUUCAUCACACAUUUGGUUUACGAGAAUUUCUACUUCAAAAUGGGUGUACGCGAGCCUAUCAAGCUGUAUUUUCCAAACUAUAAUAAAGAGGAGCUCUUCAAAAUCAUCUUUCUGCAUCAAAAGAGCUUUAUAAACCAUUUACUAAUAACCCACGAAGUUGAUGACGAUGUAAGAGAGGAAUUAGAAAAACCAGAAUUGUUUGCAAACUUUCUCAACGCAUUUUUAAGCGUAUUUUAUAGACCGUGUCGCGAUCUGAUUGAAUUGCAGCACAUGGCAUGCGUCAACUUCAUAAAAUACUGUGAGCCUAUAAUUAAGAAUGAGAUCAAUGCAACAGACUUAUCAAAACUAUGGCGACAUAUCUCUCCGAUCCUUAAGUCAAGUUUGGAGCUCUUGUACCUGCGUAUAAGUAACUCUAAGUCUGUAAAUCCAUCACCAGGGAAGGAGAAUAGUGACGCAGAGAGCAUACCGAUUCACAACUUUGAGAACACCUUAAAAGAGGAAUUAACAUCUACAAAAACAUUUGCACAGAGUUUUGAGCUGCCAUACUAUGCCAAGUUCUUACUUAUUGCUGCCUACUUAGCCAGUUAUAACCCACCGAAAGAGGACAAGAGACUGUUUAUGAAGAACCAUGGGAAACAGAGAAAGCGACUUCAGCAAGUAAAGGCAAAAGCGAAGAUUACAGAGAAGCUUAACACACAGCUAGGUCCAAAAGUGUUCACAUUAGACCGCCUACUAGCCAUAUUCUAUGCAAUUUUAGAAGAAAAAAUUGGUCUUACAAGUAAUCUAUUGGCCCAAAUAGCUACUUUAGUCGAACUAAAGCUUAUUGCGGGCAGUAAAGAAAUAGAUUUAGACACAGCAAAGUACAAAUGUAUUGUUGGUUACGAUUUUAUUUCUGCGGUCGCUCAAACUGUCGGUUUUAAUGUUAGAAAGUACUUGUAUGAUUUCAUGUGAUCUGAUUUUUGUUGUUUUGUAUUUAUUUAUUGCAUUUUGAAUAUACAAUUUUUGAUUAUUCAAUUAUUUGUACAUCAUUUUGGCUUCUACCAACCAAUCUUACCGGAAAUACCUAUAUUUACUUGAGUCAAAUGAAAUCCUCCUCAUUAAUAAAAAAACCGUGGCUUGAUCAUAAAAUUGAAUAUUCUAUCUUUAGAACUAGUAUUAAACACAAAUCUCCAUUCCUCACUAGAAACUUCAGACACAUUGAACAUAUUACUCAUUUUCAUCGACCUCUCCCACCAAUGACAACGCCAAUCCCAAUCAUUCCCGUAUUAUGAAUCAUGCCGAUUUACAUUUAAUUUAUUGGCAAAACAAUUUGCGGGAAUGACUCGAACUCAUUUGCCAAUGAACCGGUCAAGGGCUUCGCGACUUGAACUAAUCUGUCAAAUUGCCCGCCAUUUUUAUUGAUUCCAUAUUUAUUUUUUUAUUUUGGCAGGGUAAACAAGGGAAAGUGUUUGUUAGGCAUUAUAGGUGAUUGGGUCUAUGACAGUGAUUUUGUAUUGUUGAUGUUGAAGCACAGGUUCCUGAGUAGUAGGAACCUGAGUAAUACAUACAUCAAUCAACAAUCUAUAAGUGCCCACUGCUGAUAAAAGCCUCUUCUAACUCUAAGGAUCAAUCACCACGCGCUUUACUCUCUACUCAAUACGGGUUGGCGAU